GCUAGUUUCGCAGUAGUUGCCAAUUACUGGCGGAACAGUGGACAAAUUUAUCCAGAGUGUUUUACUCACGAAAAUACAUUUUAUAAGUGUAUUUGUUCUCAUAAGAUCGCGUGUAGUUAUACGCUGUUUCUUAGGAGAGGUUCCCCGCUCUGACCUUUAUGUGAGGAUUUAGCCCAAAGGGAACGGGUCACAGACGGGAGGAGAGACUCGGAGCGACCGACCGCAGGAUCCUGAUAGCUGAGCUUUUAUUCGGAGUCUUUGUAUCCAUUCCCCGACGAUAGGGAAUAAUCACCCAGGAACUGACACAAACGUGGUCAACUAUCUGCAACACCAGGCUGUGCUCAACGUUGAAUCCACCAAACAAUGGAAGCGAUUGCUAAGUACGAUUUCAAAGCAACUGCUGACGACGAGCUAAGUUUCAAACGGGGGGAAGUCCUGAAGGUAUUAAACGAAGAGUGUGACCAGAAUUGGUACAAGGCAGAGCUGAAUGGCAAAGAUGGGUUUAUCCCCAAGAACUACAUUGAGAUGAAGGCACAUCCGUGGUUCUUUGGCAAGAUCCCUCGGGCCCGGGCGGAGGAGAUGCUCAACAAACAGAGACACGACGGGGCCUUCCUCAUCCGAGAGAGCGAGAGCGCGCCAGGAGACUUCUCCCUCUCCGUCAAGUUUGGAAAUGAUGUCCAACACUUCAAAGUGUUGCGUGACGGGGCAGGGAAGUACUUCCUGUGGGUGGUGAAGUUUAACUCUCUGAAUGAGCUGGUGGACUACCACCGCUCCACCUCAGUGUCACGGAACCAGCAGAUCUUCUUACGGGACAUCGAACAGGUCCCUCAGCAUCCAUCGUAUGUGCAGGCACUCUUCGACUUCGACCCCCAGGAGGAGGGCGAGCUCGGUUUCCGUCGCGGCGACUUUAUCCAGGUGCUGGACAACUCCGACCCCAACUGGUGGAAAGGCGCCUGCCACGGUAACACGGGCAUGUUCCCGCGCAACUAUGUCACGCCUGUGAACCGGAACAUGUAAAUAGCAACAACAACAACAACAACAACAACAACAACAACAAAAAAACGAUCCCACCCACAGAACCAACCCCAGAUCCUUUUUUUUUGUCCCCUUGCCUCCACACACUAUCACACACAUAUAUAUAUAUAUAUAUAUAUACACACACAUACACAUGGACACACACUAACACACACACACACAUACCUGCACAUCCGGAGAGAAGAAAUGGGCAGAAGAACAGGAACCUUAAAUGGAAAGAAAGGAUGAAGAAUGACAAAAAUGAGGAGUGGAGGAGACCAAGGCGUAGCCUCUCCAGAGAAAAAGCAAAAUGAACACACACACACACACACACACACACACACACACACACACACACACACACACACACACAAAAA